AUGUCCAAGGUGGCUUCCGCUGGUUGGCGCUACGCACGCUGCGGCCCCAUUGCUCAGGUGCUCACCUACGAGAAGUUCGACAUCACCCCUGGCAAGGAUGAAGCGGUGGUGCAGAUGAUGACGGCGCCCUUGCACCGCGUCGACGCUGCCGUCGUGAACGGCACGGCGCUGGGCCGCAAGCGCGUUAACAUGGGGCCCUUUUGCCGCAUCGGAGGGUGCGAAGGCGUAGGCACGGUAGUGCGCUCCCCCGCAGCAGCAGCUGCAACGUCGUCACCGGUGAAGGAGGGCGACACGGUGUGGGUGGCGCCGCUACAUGGCACGUGGGCGACGAACAUUGCCGUGCCGGUGACACACCUGCAUAAGAUUAAUCCCAGACAAGCGCAGAUGGCUGCAACUGCCUCCAACUUCCUCGUAGCCCAGCAGCUACUGGAUGGCUAUGCCCGGCUGCAGAAGGGCGACAUUGUCAUCCAGAACGGUGGCAGCAGCCUCACCUCUCUUGCUGUGUCAGCGUUGGCCAAAUCGUACGGGGUGAAGGUGCUGACCGCCGCAACGCCGGGCGAUCGCUUCGCGGCUGCCAAGCAGCGACACUCCAAAUAUGGCUCAGACGUCUUUGAAUACAACGGGGCUGGGACACGCGCGAUGCAGGCCGCCGUUGGCAGGCACGGCGCGACCCUCUACCUCAAUGGCGUCGGCGGCCGCUACUUUGACUCGCUUCUCAAGUGCACCGGCCCGAUGGCACACGUCGUCACAUACGGCGCGCAGAACGGCUUCGGUCUGUUUAUCUCCGGCUCCAGUCUCAUCUACAACGAGGUCACCAUGGCUGGCUUGUUUGCCCCCACGUACCUGAACUCGAUGUCCUACGGCGAGCGUCAGACAAAACUAGAGUUUGUGCUGAAGGCUGUGCAGGAGGCCAACAUCUCGUACCCGAUGGUGACGGCACCGUCGCUGGAGAAACUACCAGAGGUCUGGGACGACGUGUAUGUCAAGGGCGGUCGCAAGGCGCUUGUGAAGAUGGCGGCCUGA